AAAUAUGUUUCAGUCUCUUUCAACCUUUCGCUGUGAUUAGAGGCUAAGAAUGUGUACUCAAGGGAAAUAUUUGAAGAUUAGUGUGAAGAAGUCAGAGCCACCUUUAUCUUGUUUUUUUUUUUUAUAUUUGUGUGAGUGUUUUAUUCAGGUUUCAAUUCUUAAACAUCCUCUGUACCAAAAUAUGGUUGUACGGUAUAAGGUGUACGGUAUAAGGUUUUCUACUAAACAGGAAAGGGAGAUGCACAAGAAAGAAUUAUAAAGGCAUCAAAUUACUGCACGAGCUAUAAAGGUCAUAGUAUAUUUCGUCUGGAAUAUAGUUAGCCUCGAUGAAAUUCAGUUCGGUUUCAUUCCCGGAAGAUAUGUCACAGAUGCAAUCUUUCUGGUGAGACAGCUGCAGGAGAAAGACUUAGCCAAGAGUAAACUACCAAACCUGACCUUUAUGACCUGGAGAAGGCCUUUGACAGGGUGAUACACUCUGGAAACUACUACAAUGCUGGCAACAAAGAUCAUUUCUCUUAGAGUGAAGGGCGUAUUAUAUGACGCCUCAUCCAAAUAUUUGAAGACUAGUGUGAAAUCAGUCAUCUUCACCUUAUUUUUAAUAUUUGUAGGAAUGUUUUAUACAGUUUUGAGUUCUUAAACAUCUUCCGAAACAUGCUGGUUGCCAUAACAUAGUUACUAAAUGUACGGUAGUGUCACUGUAUCCGUAUAAGCUUCUAACCAGGCAAUUUCAGGACAGAAAACUUUCCGUAUGUCCAAACAGUAUAUUUUAUAGUAUACAAUUCUUUGACUGUAAAGAGAAUGUGGCAUUAAAUAACAAUGGAAAUUAUGAAAACGAAAUAAGUUUCUCGAUAUAGUCAUACAUAUAUCAAGAGAGUAUGUGGCUCAGCAAAAAGAGGAAUAGAAUAUUGGAGCCGAUUUAAUCGAAUAAACCCUUCAAGGUGAUAUUCCAAAGUGUCGAUAAACAAGAGUCAAGGAUGAAAUUCAAAAAGGAAUGCGGUUUCUAUCUUCUGAAUUCAGUGUUCAACCCAGAGAACUAUACGUUCCUCUCAGCCUAAAAUAGUUGCAGAUAAGUGAAUUCAAUCUCACAGAAGAAUGACAAUGGCAAUGAAAGGAGUCCAGUGUCCUCACAAGUAGAAAUUGUUUGCUGCCAUGAAAACAGUAUCGUAACAAGACAAGAGGACUGUGAAAAUUUAAUGAAAGCAAACAAACAAAAAGGAAGUAUUUUUUUUUUUUUGAGAAAAAUUAAAGAUAAUGAUAAAAUAAUGAAUUUUUUUAACAGCUUUUUUGCUUUCUUGCAACCACUUAAAUAUUUAUAAAUACAAUUAAAAUAAUAUUACCAUAGUCACAGCUCUUGCUUUCGACCUGCCGUUAGAAAAAAACAGUCGAAGUGAAACGAAAAUUUGAACUGUCAAUAAAAGAAAAUUAUGAAAUAAAACAAUGUAGCGGAACGUUAAGAAUUUAAAGAAAUUGAGCUAUGCACUCCGAUAUCUUUUCAAAGAAAUGUUUCAUACCUGCGGUGCUACAUAAACUCGCAAGGAGCUAAGAAAUACUCUACUAUGCCUCUGAGUACGGAAGAAUGGGCGCUUUUACUAGUGUAUUGUGGUAGAAGGGCGGCAAGAGUGAGGAUUGGUAGAGUACCGUUGGAGAUAGAUAUGGAAUGGUUGGUGUCAGCGGUAAUAUAUAAAUGCAAAGACAAGGUGGAUAUCAUUAAAGUGGAGAGGUCGAGAGAAAUCGAAUGGUGGGGUUUUGGGGUAGAAAUUCUAGUCCACAUUACCCUACCGGACCUGCACAACAUUGCUGAGGAAUUAGUGCUUCCCGAUGACACGCGUUUACGGAUCGAGGUGGAGGGAAGGCAACCAGUAUGCUACAAAUGCAGAAGUAGAGGUCACAUGCAAGCGGUGUGUCCUCGCAGAGAAAUAAUCGUAGAAGAAGACAAAAUAGAAGAAACAGAGGUCUGUGAGGAGGAAAUGGUACUGACCGAACAGGAAGAGGAAGAAGAAAAGCAGGAAGAGACUGAGGGGCAUGGAGAAAAAAAGCGUAUGCGGACUGAAUCGCCGCCAAAGUCCCCAAAAACAAAGAAAAGGGAAAAGAAUAAAAAGAUGAUGGAAGAUGGAAAUGAUAGCGAGGAACAGAACGUAACUAAGAAAGAUGGAAAUUAUAGCGAGGAACAGAACGUAACUAAGAAAGAUGGAAAUUAUAGUGAGGAACAGAACGUAACUAAGAUUGAAACCCAAGAUACAAAGCAGGAAAAACAGUUGACAAGACAGGAGAGGUGGCUAGACUGGUGGACUGUGUUGAUGGAACAGCAGGAAAAAGCGAAGGCAGAAGGAAGGAUAAUCGGAAAGGUAGAUUUUUAAAAUAUUAGAACAAUACUUUUCUACAAUAAGGGUGUAGAAACGGAA